UGCUCAACGGCCAAUGCAGUGAUAGAGUGACGCGCGAAGCUCAACCGGCGUGGAUGAAGUGGAUCACCGGAGCGCGACGAAAAGUAAUUUGUACAAAAAACUAAAUUCAACUCAUUGCGAUUGCCGUGCUGUUCGUGUUGUUUUGUCUGACCGCACAAUAUAUCGGUGGUCAUUGUUGUUAGACGUUUUUAUACCGAUCGGAUCUAAUGCGACGGUAAUGUUCCGCGUGCUUCUCGUGUCGGCAGACUUUCUGUUUAAAAAAAACUUUUUUGCUAGUGUCGUGUCGUAGACGGCUUAAAUGUGUAACUAAGUAUUUAAUAAAAAGUGGCUUCAUUGCAAGAAAUGGGAGUAUUUAAGUGGUUGCGCCGAGAACGUGUGACCGUCACAACCAGUCAUGUAGGCCCCUCGCCCUCCAUCGACGAUACUCCUAUACAAGUCGGAACUAUACGGACGGAAGAAUACAAACGUGAUCUCGCUGAAUUCCAAGCAAGGAGAUCUUCGGGAAGCAAAGAUCUGCAAGUAACACCCGUGAAGAAGAAAUGCGGACGUCACUCUCUUCCCGUCUCUUGCACAGAUUGCACCGGCGACCCAGACAGCACGUUUAACUACGAGAAAAAAUCCGCUAUGAAAUAUAAAAAAAAGUCGCACAAACGAACUCGAAGCGCACAUUCCGACGAAAAAAUCCACGAAGGUGUUCCGAACAUACAGUUUCUCUUCCAAAACCAAGUCUUCAUGCCGGGGAAUAUGUUCACAGCGGCGCCAUACUCGGAGCCACGUCAAACCAACCGUCAUAGCUCGAAUCAACGCUCGCCAGACUUCUUUAUUCAAAAGCAUAUCGAUUUUAAAGACGACCAACCGUUAUCCCCACCAUUUUUCUUUAAGAACAAUUCGUUACCUUUCGACACUAAAAACUUUUUGGACGGAGCGAGAAGCGACGAAGAGGAAGUUGACGGAGUGCAGGCGACAGGGGACGUGAAAGCAUCUAGCUCAAGUUCGGGAAGUCGUCAAAAUGAUAGUUGCGAAGAGAAACUUUGGGAAGUGAUGAGUGAAUUGAAUCACUUUGACCAGUGGGCGGAUGAGCAGCUGCAGGCGCCAUCGCUGAACACGAGCAAAUCUGACGAUAGUAAGAGUGACGUAAGCAUGUUUGGACUACCGAUCGCGAGUGCAUGCAAUUUGAAUGUGACGAUUGAUAAGAGCAAAGCAUGGAGCAACGGCAAGUGGGGAGUGGUGCCAGUGCAGAUCAAAAAGCUGGCCGGAGUCACCAUUGAGCAUGUCAAGAAGAAACGGAACAUGGAGAUAAAUAUACUAAGAAAAUGUCGCCAUCCAAAUAUAAUACUUCUCAUGGGACUCUAUCCGGAUGUUAAAAGUAAUAUUCAUAUAAUAUGCGAAAGAUGCAUCGAUACAUUGUUUGGUAUACUUCAUGUACAGGGUCGUAUUUUAAGCGUCCAAACAUCGGUCCACUAUGCUUUAGACAUCGCGAACGCAUUAGUAUUCCUACAUAUGCAAGGCUAUCUCCACACUGAGCUGUCUAGCAUGAGCGUAAUGAUAACCGCACAAAACACUGCGAAACUGUCUGACCUUGGACCUUGUACGAAACUUCCGGCUCAGAAAGGUAAUGAGGACAAGGGGUACGAAAUGUAUUCAUCAGAGCCGCAGUACGUCAACUUGAGUGAAAGCUGCGACGUAACCUCGGACUCCGAGCCGCUCCUGUCGCAGCGCUCGUCCGAGGCCUACCUCGGCUCCAACGCUGUAUCGAAGCACUAUAAAGCUUACUCCGAAUCAGAGCACUAUCGCUGGCAGGCUCCUGAACUCUUCGAGCCUGACGAAGAGGGCUUUGUUCAUCCGUGUUCUAAGAGCGAUGUGUAUUCCCUCUCCAUUAUGCUCUGGGAAUGCUGUAAUGCGUCGCUGCCGUGGAAGGCGCUGUCGUACGGCCAGCUGAAGCGGCAGUACGCGGCGCGGCGCGGCGUGGCGCUGCCCGCGGACGGCACGUACCCCGGCGCCGUGCUGGGCGCGCUGCGCGCCGGCCUGGCGCCGCGCCGCCCCGCGCGCGCCGCGCUGCCCGCGCUGCGCGCGCAGCUGCUGCACGCGCAGAGUACUCUCGACGAAAUGGAGUAUAUAAUAAUACCAGCUCAACUAUCCAAAAAAAAAUUGAGUCUCAGUACUCAGCCUUGGGAUACCACUUCGCCCACCGAUUCCGAUUACCUCAGCCCCAAGAACAUUGAACACAAAGCCGAAAUUCACACACGCGAUAGUCCCGGCGAUACCUCCAAGGAGAAUAGCCCUUUGUAUGAAACCAUACGACAGAUAAACUUACCAACUGCUCAUACUACGGAUAAGUGUUUUAUAUUGUCCGAUGAGGAAAAUCCACCUAUGAAAUUCGACCUAUUACAAGAGAAUGAAUGUUCAAGCGCCUGCUCAACUCCCCUAGCUAAACUUCGAGCGAGAAUCAACGACGUAGUUACGCCGGGAACUUUACACAGAAGUGACUCAACUGAAUACUGCAGUAUCCUUAGCCCGGAUACGCGUUUGAACAAUUUUGGUCUCACUGAUGAUAGCAUUAAGGAUCAAAGUAGCGAGCGACCGACGACUAAACUGAGCAGGAGCUUCACACCGAAGUCUUAUAAACCCUUGCAUAUAAAAGUGCCAGAAUUCAAUUUGGACUCUAUUAAGCCGCUGCUAAAGGAACAAAAUAGCACUGAGCGAUCUUCUUAUAAUUUUAAUAUAAAGAAUUACAGCUUGCCAAACACGCCGAUCGCGCGAAGUAAUAAGUUAAGAAAGAAUGCUUGGUUGUCGGGAGAAUUAAAUGUAAACAGAAGUAAAACUGAGGAAACUUCGAAGGUUCCUUCCGCUAUGCCGAAUAAUCGAGAAAUCAAAAUCGAAGUCUCGGAUAUGGUUUUGACUUCGUCGGACCCGCCUCAAGAAAAGGAGGACAAGUCAGAAAUUUUAUCCUCCAAUCAGCCGGAGAGAAACGAAAUCGUAUCGAGUGGUAGUGCAGAUACAUUACGGGAUAGCUUUACAGGUUUAAGAAGGGUCCCGCUGGCGGGCGGCGCGCCGCUGGAGCGCGCGCGCUCGCUGGGCUGCGUGAAGGGCGCGCGGCCGGACGACGCGCUCGCCAGCGUCUACGUCAAGCCGCUCGUCGCCAUCCACGAGCGCUGGAUACACGAGGCCAACAAGAAGACGGGCCGCUCCAUGUCGCUGCCGGAGGACAACCGGAGCAGUCGAGUGCAAGCGGUGAAGCCCGCCUCGCACUGCGUGGACACGCUGCAGACGUCGCUGCCCGCGCCGGCGCGCCGCCGUCCGCCGCGCGCCGCACACGUCGCCGGCCACUGGGAACAAUACUGUCAAGCGCGAGAAGCAGUUUCGAAAAGUAUGAACUUCCCGCCUCUAGACACAAAUACCUGGAUAAAAGCUUCGGAAAAGGGGACAAUAACUGAAGAUAUUGUAACUGGCCCACCCAAAAUCGACCGUUCAACUGAUACACUAAGUAUUGAAGAAUUCAUUCGAGAUUUAAUUCGAAAGGAAUUCCAUCAUCUACUAAACGAAAUAACUGACAAUACUUCAGAAUCUACCAACAGUCUUCAAAAAGGCGAUGACUUACUAAACAAAGGCGUCGCUAACAUUCUGGAAUCUUUGAAAAAUGCUGACGAGAGUGACCAAGCCGCUAAGAAGGAUACAGUUAAAUCAUUUUCAAGGGUAAAAAUAAACGGUAACAAUAAACCAUUGUUACAAAUCACCUUUAACCGUUCGGGUGAGAACAGCUUGCAUGUACUAGAUAACUGUGUCAAUGUGACAAUAUGUGACUCAAACAGCGGCAAAGAUAAACUUAAUUUAUCCAUGGAAGACACUUUGACCGGAGAAGACAUUCAUAUUAAUUCGUUGAAACGAUGCCAAGCUUUCAGUGCUAUUCAGGAAGCUCGCAGCACAGAGGACUUAUAUAUCGACGACGAUCUCUCGACUCACAUGCAAGAGAACUUCGGCGGCAGAGUGAAGUUGAUCCCCUUACACGGGUCCCUCCACGAGAUCCUCUGCGAGAAGGCGGACGACUGCUGCCUCGUCAAAGUGAAGCAGGAGAACGGCUGCGACACCAUCUACUUCCGCUGUGAUAACUCCGACACGGAGUCCCGGGACGCCGUCGACGGCCACGAAGGACCGAGAGACACGGUGGUCUUCAAACGAAGCAUUUCCUUGAUCGAGGAACGCAUUCAGCGUGUAUUCCCGAAGGACAAGCGACCGAAUCCCGUCGUGGCUCUCAAAAAACUGAACGACAAGCUAAAUACUCGUCCCAAAUCUGAAAUCUUUAUUAAAAACAUCAACAGGGACACCCGCGUGCUGAGCAACAGUAGUCCGUCUUUACUCACAAGGGACGAUAAAAACGACGAGGUCGAAUUGAAUAUUGAGAACGUUAUGUGCUAUCAGGACUCGUCGUCGGAAGAAUGCUUGAAGUGUCAAGUUGAAAAUGACGACUUCGAAAUAUUGGAGCGAGAGAUCGAGGAAGAUUUAGCGAAGAAUAUCAACUCGCUCACUUGCGGAUGUUUGGAAAAAAUAUCAGAAGAAAAUCUCUCCGUCAUUAACGAGGACAUCACAGAUAAAAACUGAUUCUGAUGUCCGGAAUUAUUUCACCGUUAUAUAAUUUAAAAUCAAAAUACAAAUUCUAUAUUUAGGCUAUAACAGAGAAAAAUGAACAACGUUAAUUCUAUGUCUAAUAUAUUUUAUAAUUGUUAUUGAAAGGAUUAUAUGCUAAUAUUGUGGCAGGUCUUCCACCGACGAGUACAAAUUUUUGAUAAAUUUAUCUCAUAUAUAAUUCGAAUCAAAUCACACGCCAUAUAAACUCGAACCCGUCCAAGAUAGUUCGCAUUUAGAAAACCCAAAGAUAUUUAACGUUUUAAUAGGUUUUCGUUUAAGAUAAUCAUUUUUUUUAUUGUGAAAGGCUAUGUGAUUUUAGAUUAAGUAGCACUUAAACAUUCCACUGUUGUGAUUUUAGAAUAGUUUUUCACAGUUUUAUUUAUCAUUUAUAUUUUCACUGUUAAUUUAAUUUUAUCAUAAAUUUAACACAUUCUUUUUUAAAAGUCUGCAUGGACCAAAGGAUAUAAGGCUGCAUACCUUGCUGUCUUCAAAUAAUUUUCUAAGUGCAGUUUUAAUUGUAUUUUGGUGAUUUAGAGAUUAUUUAAAAAGCGUUUAGAUUGAUUUUAGAUGUAAUUGUUAAAAAUAAAGUCUUGUUAUUAGGAAA